AUGGCUUACUGCGUACCAACACUAGCUCAGAAUGCUGCCGCUCUGGACCACUUCAUCUACAUGCCUGUCUCGCAGGAGAUGAUCGCAUACCUCGCCCAUAAGGCUUCAAACGUCAUCCGAUGCGAGGGACAAAUGGAGCUUAAUAAGAACCUACCACCAACCCCACCCACCACACCACCACAGCACGUCUAUGGUGAGCCGCUACUGCCUUCUCUGGAACUCUUCAUCAGCGCCUUGGUCGAGCGAUCACACGUUCAGGUGCCUACUUUGAUGACUUCUCUUGUCUACCUCGCUCGCCUUCAGCAAAGAUUACCACCAGUCGCUAAAGGCAUGAAGUGCACAUCACACCGCAUCUUCCUUGCAGCUCUGAUCCUGGCAGCCAAGAACCUGAACGACUCCUCACCAAAGAACAAGCACUGGGCCCGCUACACAGCUGUCCCUGGCUUCGACGACUUCGGCUUCAGCUUGACGGAGGUCAACUUGAUGGAGAAGCAGCUACUUGGUCUUCUCGACUGGGAUCUUCGGAUUACCGAGAAUGAUCUUUACUUCCACCUUGAGCCGUUCCUUGCUCCCAUUCGUGAGUGGCAAGCACGACAGGCUGAGAAGCAUCGCAUUCGCGCCGAGAUGGCUGCACUUGAGCAACAACAUCAGCUUGAAAUUGUAGUUGAGCAACAGAGGCGAGCGGCGAUGGAGACUGCGAGAUUCUACGAGGCGCCACGAUCCUGGGUCAUCGAGAGCACCAUCACGGACACCAUCAUUGUCGCCACCCACCCGGAGUCGAUCUUCUGCAUCACAAUCCUCCAAUGGGUCGUAUGCAUCAUCCUGCUCACCCAUCAGCAUCGCCUCAUCCUACAUGGAGCCCGUCUGCGAAGAGCUGCCUGUCCAUAUUCAGCAGUACGACAGCCACCAGAUGCCGACGAUGGUACACAUCCAAGCACCAAUGGGCAAGCCAACCCUCACGGCUCUCCCUCAUGCUCUCCCUCUCGACCAGACUUGCGAGCAAUCGUCCAAGAAGCAGAAGACGGCCAACAUCUUCAGCCGCUUCCUGCCUACUAUGAGCAGGUCGCAGAUUCCAGGCUACUGAAAGCCGACACCCCAUGA